UCCCGUUUUCCCCUGCCUUCCCGCAUCCCCCGCGCGCCACCCAAGAGCUCGCCGCGCCGCAGCGGAGGAAGAGGAAAGGAGGGAACUCAGGUAAGCGAGUGCGGGUGCAGGCGUGCAGCCAUGGCUGGCAAGCCGAGCCGUGCGCUGAUUCUCUAUGCCACCAGCCUCGCCACGCUGCUCAGUGCUAACUCCUUCAGCGGGCUCCGCUGCCGCGGGGAGCCAUCUGAACGCGUUCGCCUCCCUCUCCACCUGCGGCUUGGUUUCCUCACCCUCCUCUCUCGGUCGGCUUCCCCUCAAACGAUCGAAUGGCAGGUAGAGAAAGAAAGACCCACAACCCAUAAGCUUCACAUCAUAAACUGUGUCGAUUAAAUGAUCACCGUUUGUCCGUUUUCGCGGUUGUGAGCCCUGCAGCCGUGAGGGGAUAACCUGAGCUUCUUCAGUGGAGAAGAGCAUCCCGAAACGGCCCACGCCGCUUCCGGCGGACGACCUUGACGAGGUGGGGCCAUUAUUAUCCUUUCCUUUUCCUUCUCAUUCUCAAGUUCAGAUCUGAAAACUAGCGCGCUCCGAAUCAUACAACAGAAGGUGAUGCUCACCGUCUCUCUGCCCACCACCAAGCCACCGAUCUGCUGCAUGAUCGUCUCUGCAACACAUUGAACUGGCGCUGCUUGUCUCUGGUUUUAACAUCGAAGAAGGCCAUUGAGUCUGGCAGCCAUGUGGUAGAGAAGAUCCUACACACAAUCAAGACAGAGAUCCUUCAGUCAGUCAAUAAGAUAGAGAACAUCCCUUGUGGGUGCAGACUGCAGAGCUGCAGACCGUCUGUAGAAACUAUAUCCAUUGACGAAGUGAAGAGGAAGUCCCUCAGACAAUUGCUGUUUCACUGAACAAUGGACAAGAGCUGGAUGAGUAAAGUAAGAACUUGUGAAGAAUACAAAUAUGGAGUCAAACAAUUCCUUUCUUUUGCAUUCCAUGAUGUAAGAGAUGGUGGAGAGAUUCCCUGUCCUUGUAUAAAUUGUGGAAAUAGGAAGACACAAAAUCAUGACAGAGUUGAGACUCAUUUGAGAUGUUAUGGUAUCCUGCAAGGAUAUACAACAUGGUUCUGCCAUGGAGAAAACUCAUUCAGCAUCGUCAGGUUUUGCUCAAAGGUCCCAAGCCACCGGUAGUGUGCCAAGUUCUGGUAUCCAAAUAACCACUCCAAGACAAGAUGAAAAUAGAAGAUGUGAUGAUAUGCAUGGUCUACUGGAUGCUGUUUUUCUUAGGCCUGAUGGUUAUGAGUCACUAUCCAGCGCAUCAGAAGGUGGAUCAGAUCACAGUCAACUUGAGAUUCAUGAUACAGGCAGCCCACCUGAAUAUGAUAAUGUCAAUGAUACUGGCAGCUCCCGUGAAUCUGAUAAUAUUGAUAAUGAACAAAGAAAUGAAAGUGGCAAUGGUGAUUCGUAUUCAAAGCUCUUGAAAGAUGCAGACACCAAGUUGUAUAUUGGCUGUGAAACAUUUUCAAAGCUAUCCUUUAGUCACAUUAUAUCACUUGAAGUGCUUACAUAGAUGGACUCAAGAAUUAUUUACAGCAUUACUUUGUAUUCUCUGAUGCAUUACCUCAAGAUGCACAGCUACCAGAGAACUAUCAUGAAGCUAAAAAAAUCAUAAGAGGCUUAGGUCUGAAUUACAAAAACAUACAUGCAUGCCCCAAAGGUUGCAUGCUUUUUUUGUGUGACAGGGCUAAACAAGAGGCCUGCCAUGUGUGUGGUUCCUCCCGUUGGGAUGAGAAUAAUGGUACGUCGACUGAGAAAGGAUGUAAGGAAAAGCCUGCAAAGAUUUUGCGCUACUUUCCACUGAUACCAAGGCUCCAAAGAUUAUUUGCAACUGAAAAAACCUCAACUGAUAUGAGGUGGCAUGAUGAGGGGCGAACCAAAGAUGGAUUGCUGCGUCGUCCAGCUGAUGGGAAGGCAUGGAAUGACUUUGAUGAUCGAUAUCCAGACUUUGCUGAUGAUUCUUGUAAUACACGGCUUGGUCUUGCAAGUGACAGAUUUAACCCUUUUGGGAACAUGAGUUCAAAGCAUAGUACAUGGCCUGUCAUGAUUAUUCCUUACAACCUACCUCCUUGGAUUUGCAUGAAACAUACAUCGCUGAUGUUAUCAAUGAUCAUACCUGGCCCUAAUAGUCCAGGGAAUGAUGUGGAUGUCUACCUGCAGCCACUGAUUGAGGAGCUCAAACAACUAUGGAAAGGUGUGAAAACAAUGGAUGCUACCUCAAAGAAAAGUUUCCCUCUUCGUGCUGCUCUUUUAUGGACACUGAAUGAUUUCCCUGCAUUGGCAUACUUAUAUGGUUGCAGCACAAGUGGAACAUAUGCAUGUCCAUCUUGUGCUGGUUCGACAAAAUCAAAGUCAUUGAAAAAAAUAAAAAAACUGUGUUACAUGGGUCAUCGUCGAUGGUUGCCACAAGGUCAUCCUUAUCGACGUGAAAAGAAGUUCUUUUAUGAAAAAGAGGAUGAAUCUGCACCAGAACCAUUGGAUGGGAGUUCAGUAUUGAAAAUGUUGGAAGGAAGAGUGUUUGUGCAUGGAAAAAAGGACGUAUCAAAGCAAACCAAAAAAGGAAAGCAAGGAAAUUCAAAGAGUGAAGCGAAGGACAAUGGAGGAAAAAAUAAAAGGAAAAGAGCGACACGCGAGAAACAAUUGACUAGCAACCUGCCAAAGAAGGAGAAAAGGCCAGAGGAUUGGUUAAAGAAAAGAUCAAUAUUCUUUCAGUUACAAUAUUGGGAGCACAAUUUGUUGCGGCACAAUCUUGACAUGAUGCAUAUUGAGAAAAACGUUUGUGAGAGAUUAAUACGUACACUGUUACACAUUGUUUCUAAAACUGACACCAAUUUGAAUGCACGCCUUUAUUUGGUAGACAUGGCAAUUCGACCUGACCUCCAUCCCAAGUUUGAUUAUCAAGGUAAACCACAUUUGCCAGAUGCAACCUUUACCAUGUCAAGGGAAAAAAAAGGAGAUUCUUUGCUCCAUCAUACAAAACAUGAAAACCCCUGAUGGCUAUGCAUCAAAUAUAUCAAGAUGUGUCAACAUGAAGGAUUGCACGUUAAGCGGCAUGAAAAGUCAUGACUGUCAUGUUCUUAUUGAGAAUAUUCUUUCGGUCACUCUGCGCUCAUGUUAUCCAAGCAAAGAUGUCAUGAAGGUUGUUGUGGAGUUAUCUGGUUUCUUCAAGAAGUUGUGCUCCAAAGUACUGAGUAUUGCUGAGCUUGACCAACUCCAAGAUAGCAUUGUGCUAACACUCUGUGAUAUGGAAAGGAUCUUUCUUCCAUCUUUUUUGACUAUUAUGGUGCAUUUGUUAGUGCACUUAGUGGAUGAAGUUAAGCUUGGUGGUCCAGUACAUUAUAGGUGGAUGUAUCCCAUGGAAAGAUUUUUCGUUCGAUUAAAGGAAUUUGUGCGCAACCAGGCUCAUACUUAAGGAUCAAUUGCUGAAGGAUAUCUUCGCGAAGAAUGUCUAACAUUCUGUUCAAGAUUUCUAGAUGGAAUCACACGUUUUACCAAACCACCUAGAAACCCUGAUCCUUCAGACAAUACAAAGGAAUUGUACAUGUUUAAAAGUGCUGGUGAACCUAUUGGAAAAAUUGUCGAUGUUGACCAGAUUGAUAAUGUCUUACUCAUUCAAGCACAUCGCUACGUUUUGCGACACUGUGAUGAGCUAGAGGAGCUUCGGAGAGAAUUUUUGGAUGAGGAGAAAACUAGACAAGGUCUGCAAGAGGAUCUGACACCUCAAAACAUAUAGCAAUUGAUUAAUAGGCACUUUUCUGAUUGGCUUCAACAAAAGGUACUACUGGAUGGUGGAGGAAAUUUCUGCAAAAAGAUAAGAGCGCUAGCUAGAAAGCCUGACAAAUAUGGGAAGCGUUACAGUGGUUUUAUUAUCAAUGGUACCAGAUUUCACACUAUUAGACGUGAGGAAAGACGGAAGACACAAAAUAGUGGUGUGGUAAACAUGGCACAUGAUGGGGUUAACUACUAUGGCAGACUGUCUGACAUUAUAGAGCUAUCUUAUGGAAGUGACUACAAGGUGGUGCUAUUCAAAUGUGACUGGUACGAUGUGUACCACCGUGCGGGCAUGAAAGAAGAUGAAUUUGGAUUCACUCUUGUGAAUUUUUCCCGUGUUAUACACACAGGAGAAGAAAUAGAGCAUCUUUUAUUUUCUCUUCUCAACUUGGGCAAGUGUUUUAUGUGGAAGAUAAAAAAAAAUGAAGGAUGACAUGUGGUUGUGCGAGUCACGCCAAGAGAUCUAUUUGACAUGGGGGGUUGAGGCACCUUCUGAUGAUGAUGACUAGAUAUAUUGAUUAGAAGAUUGAGCCCUAUCACUAUAUUGAUGUUGACCUUGAAGUUUUAUUCCUAUAUUGGUCUGGUGCAAAGAAUAUAUUUAAUAAUAUGUGAUGUGAAAAAGUUGUAUACAUUGUGCUUCUAUUUAUUGGUCUAGAAAUAGUAAAUGCAAUUUUUUUAGAAAAAAAGACAUAGGAUUCACGAUUCCCAUAAAAAUUUGCUCUAAAUUCCAGUCAAUAAAACCACAUAAUUGAAUUUCUAUUUUUCACAAAACUAUCUAAAAUUAUUUAUAGGCUGGUAACUAGCUUUACCAGAUUUGCUUUAGUUCAGUUGGUUAAUCGGAUCACCACCUAUUCCUCACUGUACAUGAGUUCGAUUCCUUCCUAUGCUCCUCGUUUUUUGUCUAAUCCGACCGCACCAAGGUUCAUCGGGUAGCACCUCCCCUCCUCUCUAAUUUAUUUAUUCCUGCAGCUUUUGUAUUAGAAUUGUGUGCUUCGUGGUCUGAUACCAUUGCCAUUUUUCUGCUACAUCUCCUCAGCUGAUGCCAGGUUCUCAGAUCUCUGAUCUCCCCAGUCGGCAUUGCAGAUUUUCUCUUACGAACUGCAUUGACAUUCAGGUAAUGCGAACUACCCCCAAUCUAUUUGGCUGUGCCCAAGAGAAGAUUGUGUAUCCUGUGUUAACAGAACAUAAGCUCCCUGCUACCUUAUUCAAUUAGAUCAGUGUUCGAGGAAAGGAUAGAUUGCGUUAUGAUUGCUGACUUUGUAAUCUUUUAUGGAUUUAUAGUAAAAUUACAAUAGCCAAACUUAAUUACCACUAAACAGAAUUACAAAGUUCACCAAAGUGAAGUGAGUAAAUCUAAGGACGCAUUGUUUGCUGUUUUUUUUUUCUUCCGACUGACAUCAAUGUGAACCUAUCUUUGCAAAUAUUCUGUUUCUGAAAUUAUGGCAUUGUUUACUUUUUUACUUUUACAGAUAAAAUUCAUAGAUUGUGCAGAGCGUUAUUUUUUUUAUCAGCUUCCAUUUUCAUAGCUAGCCCAAAUUCGAGCUGAAUAUGUGUCCAUGUUUCAAAUUUUACACGAUAGCUUAGAGUUGCUUAUUUCAGCAAUAAAACACAUCUGAGAACCUGUUAGUACAAGAAGGAUGGGAUUUGUUGGUUAAGGGAGAAAUCUCCAAAGCUGGCGGCCACUAUUCCCGGUUAAUGUCCAAACUAUAUUAGAAAAAUGUACUAGAAGAUAUUCACCCCUGUUUGGUAAUGUUUGGGAACAUUUGGCCUAACUAAUUACAAACCAUGCCAGACAAGGUGUACCGUAGGUGGCCAUUGCCCAUUAGGUUCAGAAAUUCUGCUUCCAGUUAGGAAAUGCUCAUACUUAUGAGAUAACUGAAAUCUUAUGGAUGCAUGCCAUCUUCUCACAUGAUUACUUUCCUUGUUUAAGUAUAACGUAACUUUAUUUCAUGAGGAAAUGCUGAAGAGACCUAGGCAACUGCGGAACUUGCUAUUCGAACUGCAAGACAUAGAGGUUGAGGAGCAAGAUGGGCUAUAUGAGGACCAAAUUCAUGAGAAUCUACAAGUUCCUCCAGAACCCACAGAAAAUGAUGACCAACCUGAUGACAAUUUUCCGGAUCAUCCAGAAAUUGACACUGCAGAUCUUGAAAUGCUUCAAGGACCUGGCUCAAUUAAAAUGGGCCUAAUGGAUAUGUCCAUGAGGUUACAGGGCGUUUUAAUUUGACAAAAUUGUUGAACCUGAAUUCUGGUAAGGUUCUUGUGGAGACUGAUGAAAACGGGGUUCCAAAUCAAAGGUCAGCAGGCCUCCUUGGCUCGUUUCUUGGGGUUGUUGCAAAGAAUUCUUCAUAUGCACCAUUGCACAUUCAAAGAUGGGAUAACAGGUUGUUUGAUCAACCAAAGCAAGAUCUCAUUGAUUAUGUUGAGGAAAAUUUUGUGUACCGGGCGGGGACAAGAGACUUUACACAGAACUGGAUAUGGAAGGUUGUGAACAAAAGGUGGAGGGAUUACAAAUCUUACUUGAAGAAGACAUAUUACAAUCCAAAUGAGAGAGAUCAUACCAGAGGAAUUCUGAAGCUGCAAAGCAACAGAGGCAUCCACAUACUACAGGGAGAAAAAGCCAUGCUAGACUUAAAAGUGAAAUGGAAACUAAAAACAAAGGUCCUGUUGACAAAAUUGAACUAUGGGAUGAGGCUCAUAAGAAAAAGGAUGGAAAUUAUGAAAAUCAGAGUGUCCUACAACUGAUGGACAAAGCCUAUGAAAAGCUAGCAGAUCUAAAGACAAAGAAAAAUGGGAACCUUUCAUCUCAAGAUUACGACAAAGUGUUUGAAGAUGUUAUUGGAAAAGACUCAACAGUUGGUGGAUAUUAUGAUGAAAAGUAUUGGACCACUGCACAGUUUUAUCAAGGGUCAUCUUCUGUUCGACAGUCUGCAAGUGAAGUAAGGGUUCAAAAUGAACUGCAAGCUGUGAGACAAGACUUGAGAAUUGUCACAGAACUUGCCAAAAGAAUGCAUGCUUUCAUAGCACGAAAGUAUCCUGAGGAAGAUUGGACAAACGAAAUGGCCAACAUCUCAAAUAUAGCUGGAUAUGGUCCUGGCCAAGAGGUUGAACAUGCAGAACAAUCCAUGAGCAAUUUUCAAACAUCUGGCAAUGAUUCACAGCGAACACGUGUUGCAUAUCAUGCUAAAUCUAAGAGGCAUCUUGUGAACUCAUCUUCGUCUCAUGAACAAAGAAUUCAGAAGGUAUCUAACAGAAAUGAAUUGCCGAAAGAGACAACCUUACAAGAGGUCCAUACUCCAGAUACAGUUGGUAAUAGUGCUGUCCAGUAUCAGGUUGAAAACAAUGGGGUCAGCGGAACUGUACGGAAUAAUCAGAAGAGAGUUUAUGCUACAUCACAUACUGAAGCUAAGGAGCCUAGGGUGAAUUCGUCUUCAGCUCAUGAACAAAGAAAUGUGAAGGUAUCUAAAACAAAGCAAAUGGCAAAACAACAAAAUUCUGACAAGAGAGCUGUUGUCCUCCUCUCGACAAACAUAAGAGCUCAAGGCCUGGUGGUAGCUAAAGGAAGUUUAGUAAGCAGGGACAGCACAUAUGUGGUUGGGGAAAUAUGCUUGGCAAGGAGUUCUAUGGAGUUACCGUUGAAAAUGUUUCUGAACUUGGGCAUGAAAGGUUACCUCGACCAUAUGGAAACAUUCAGACGGCUGAGGAUGCUAUUGGACAUUGUAUUGCUUGGCCUUCUACUCAUGUUAAGAGAGUUAAGCCGGCCAGAUCUAUAGGUGCAUAGAAAUCAGGAUGACAGUGCCAAGAAACUUCUGAAGAGGGCAAGAGGCAAUUACCUAGGAACAGUACAGCUAGUACUGAAGUAUCAACAUUAUGCAAGACUGUGACUCUACAUAUAUCACGCAUUUAGAUCUUUUUACUUAUGUUUUUCUGUUGAUGUAAUUACAACGAUCUACACUAUGUUAUUUUUAAUUUCUGGUUUGCAUCAGUAAUCAGUGGUUCGUGGACUCUGUAAUAUAUUUCUUUUUAUGAAAGAAUGUUGGCCCUUA